AUGGACGGCGGUGACGACGGCGGGAAUGUUAAUCAACCGCCGCUCAACCUGCAGCAUCAAAUCGUAGAAGAUCAAGGUGAUUCUACACAUAGGUGGCUACAGGCUUGGGAGAUGAAUCACAUUAUGCUCAACGCGGACUUAUUCCAAGUCAUAAAUCCUACGCUAAUUCCCGUAGAUGAACAAGGUCUUUACCCGGUCGAUAAUGAAUCAAUGAGGGACAACAACAGCUGGCUCCACUCAAGCCUACCGAGCAACGGAAUUAGGUUUCAUAUCAGACUGUCGAUUGGGUAUGCCAUUGACUUUGGGGAUUUCGUCUUUGCUGUGUACCGCAGAGGAGAUCUCCACAUCCCGAUGUACUAG